GACCUUCCUGGUAGCAUCCGUGAGCGCUGAAAGCUGUGGCAGCUGCGGGCUGAGGCGGCGCUGGAGUCCGGUGCGAGUGAACCACAGCGGGCAGCAACUGGCUCAGCAUAGUGCAGAGGGCUCACUGACUGAGGGCAGCAGCUCCCAGGACCAGAGAGAGGCCAAGGGCUUUGCGAGAGAAGUUCUCCCUAGGACAUCAUGCGGAGUGCCACCAAGCCCUGGAGUCCAGUUACCAAAGCAGGCAGCCAUGGCCCUGAUCGCACUCGGCCCCUCCCCGGGACCCCUUCCGGCAUGAAGAGCUCCAAGUCUUCAACCUCACUGGCCUUUGAGUCUCGGCUUAGUAAGCUCAAGAGGGCCAGCAGUGAGGACAUGCUCAACAAACCUGGAAGUACCUCAGUGGGGACAGUGCGCCUGAAGAAGACCUCAACCUCUGGAGCCAUCUCCGAGCUCACCGAGAGCCGCCUGAAAGGCAACACAGGGGCUGUUCCAACAACCAAACGGACAGGCAUUCCAGCUCCACGGGAACUCUCAGUAACUGUCUCACGAGAGAGGUCUGUGCCACGUGGUCCCUCCAGCUCAAAGAAGUUGGGCUCUAGUCCAACUUCCUCCUGCACUCCCACUCCUACCAAGCACCUGAAGACCACCUCUGCAAAACCUAAGCAAGAACUUGAGGACACAGAGAAGUCUAUGCUUGAGUCCCAGGUUCGGGAACUUCUGGCAGAAGCUAAAACCAAAGACAGUGAAAUCAACAGGCUUCGAAGUGAACUGAAAAAAUGUAAAGAAAGGUGGGCCCUGAGCACUGAGGACACCAAGGCAUUAGACCCGAGUGCAGAGGGAACAUCAACCCCAGUAGGUGACACAGAACCUUUGCUAAGAACCCUGGAGGAGAAGAAUAAAAUCUUUCAGAAAGAGCUUGCUGACCUAGAGGAAGAAAACCGGGCCUUGAAGGAGAAAUUGACUUACCUUCAGCAGUCACCAAAUUCAGAAGGGGCAGCAAGUCACACUGGUGACAGCAGCUGCCCAGCAUCCAUAACCCGAGAGUCCAGCUUUGGAAGCCCAGUUGGAAAUGAGUUGUCCAGUGAAACGGAUGAGUAUAGAAGAAGCACACAUGGAAAUGCAUUGCGGACAUCGGGGUCUUCAAGCAGUGAUGUCACUAAAGCCUCUCUGUCACCAGAUGCCUCAGAUUUUGAGCAUAUCACUGCAGACACCCCAUCCCGGCCCCUGUCGGCCACCAGCAACUCUUUUAAGGACUCCAAGUGCUCCCCUACUGGGAGCUCCCCAAACAAUGCAAGUGAGCUGUCCUUGGCAUCUCUAACUGAGAAGAUACAGAAGAUGGAGGAGAAUCAGCACAGCACUGCUGAAGAGCUGCAGGCUACUUUGCAGGAAUUAUCAGACCAGCAGCAGAUGGUGCAGGAACUGACAGCCGAGAAUGAGAAGCUGGUGGAUGAGAAGACCAUUUUAGAGACCUCCUUCCACCAGCACCGGGAGAGGGCAGAACAGCUGAGUCAGGAAAAUGAGAAACUGAUCAACCUUUUACAAGAACGAGUGAAGAAUGAGGAGCCUAGUGCCCAAGGAGGAAAAAUCCUUGAGCUGGAGCAGAAGUGCACAGAUAUCCUUGAGAAGAGCCGCUUUGAAAGAGAGAAGCUGCUCAACAUUCAGCAGCAGUUGACCUGUAGCCUAAGGAAGGUUGAGGAAGAAAACCAAGGCGCUAUAGACACGAUUAAGCACCUGAAGGAAGAAAAUGAAAAGCUGAAUGGGUUCCUAGAACAUGAACGGUGUAAUAAUAGUGUGAUGGCCAAAACUUUGGAGGAAUGUAGAGUUACCUUGGAAGGCUUGAAAAUGGAGAAUGGGUCCUUGAAGGCUCAUUUGGAGGCUGAUAAGCAAAAGGCCGUAGAGGCCAGCAGUACCAUGGGGCAGACAGCAGAGAACUUCGAGGUUCAGGAAAUGCUGAAAGUGGCUCGAGCUGAGAAAGAUCAAUUGCAGCUGUCUUGCACGGAGCUCAGACAAGAAUUGCUAAAGGCAAAUGGUGAAAUUAAACAUGUUUCCAGCCUGCUAGCAAAGAUGGAAAAGGAUUACUCUUACCUGAAGGAGGUCUGCGAUCAUCAAGCAGAACAACUGAGCAGAACCAGCCUAAAAUUACAAGAGAAAGCUUCAGAGAGUGACGCAGAAAUCAAAGACAUGAAAGAAACCAUAUUUGAAUUGGAAGAUCAGGUGGAACAGCACCGUGCUGUCAAGUUACACAACAAUCAGCUCAUUAGUGAGCUGGAAAGCAGUGUGAUCAAGCUGGAGGAGCAGAAGUCAGACUUAGAACGGCAAUUGAAGACCCUGACAAAACAGAUAAAGGAGGAAACUGAGGAAUGGAGGCGGUUCCAGGCAGACCUGCAGACUGCAGUGGUGGUGGCCAAUGACAUCAAGUGUGAGGCGCAACAGGAACUGCGCACUGUGAAGAGGAGGUUAUUGGAGGAGGAAGAGAAAAAUGCCAGGCUGCAGAAGGAGCUGGGGGACAUACAGGGCCAUAGCAGACCUGUGAAUGAAGAGUCAGAGCCCUCAGAAGUUGAUGCUGCUGGCCGAUGGCAUGGAGUCUAUGUCAACAGAACAUCUUCAGCUCCUUCAGAGUCUGCAACCACUGUAAAGUCACUGAUUAAGUCAUUUGACUUAGGACAUUCAGGUGGAGCCGGACAGAGUAUUUCUGUCCACAAGACUCCCAGAAGCCCCCUGAGUGGGAUCCCAGUGAGGACUGCUCCAGCAGCUGCUGUCUCUCCAAUGCAGAGACAUUCAACCUACAGCACCAUGCGGCCAGCCAGCAAAGGGAUGGCUCAGCGCUUGGAUUUGCCAGAUCUGCCCCUCUCAGAUCUUCUGAAGGGAAGGGCUGAGGACCGGAAGUCAGACCCUUACCUCCGAAAGAGUCCUUCACUGGAGUCCCUGAGCAGACCCCCCUCUCUGGGCUUUGGGAAUACCAGGCUGCUGAGUGCAUCCACUGGGGGUCUGAAACCAAGCAAGCUCAGUGUUGAAAGAAGAGACCCUCUGGCAGCCUUGGCCCGGGAGUAUGGUGGCUCUAAGCGCAAUGCACUCCUGAAAUGGUGUCAGAAGAAGACAGAAGGUUAUGCGAACAUUGAUAUCACCAAUUUCAGCAGCAGCUGGAGCGAUGGGCUGGCCCUCUGUGCUCUGCUGCACACCUACCUGCCUGCCCACAUCCCAUACCAGGAGCUGAACAGUCAGGAGAAAAAAAGGAAUCUCUUGUUGGCAUUUGAAGCAGCUGAAAGUGUAGGCAUCAAACCCAGCCUGGAGCUCAGUGAGAUGCUGUACACGGACCGGCCUGACUGGCAGAGUGUGAUGCAGUAUGUAGCCCAGAUCUACAAGUACUUUGAGACAUAGAAGACCCAGCAACAGCACCUGCCACUUGGCCUGAAGUUAGUCCUGGAAGAGCCUGCUCACUGUCCACCACACCUGCUGUGCCCACCAUCUAGCCAUCUGGAUUUCCAAGGAAGGCUUAAGUCAAGUGGAUCUGCACUCCAUGGAGAAGCAGAGCUGGCUCCACCAUGUCCCCAUCUCAGAUGCAAACCUGUCUGGUGCCCAUGUUCAGGAAUCCUUGUUCCCAAUGGGAAGGUUCUAGAGAAGCAGGCUCCACUUCUCACACACUGGGUCUCAAACCCAGGCCCUCUUCUGUGAGAUUCCAGAGUAGUGCCAGUCUAGUCUCGUUUAUUCCAGAGUGGUGCCAAUCCAGUCUCGUUUUGCUGCCUACACAUGACAAACAGCACUUCAAUCACCAUGUCUCUUCUUCUUCCUCCUCUAGGAAAACUGCUCUAGCUUUGCUUUAUUCAAAACUUUGUCCUUACCAGCUGCCUACCCACCCCACCCCCAAUAAAACAACACCCUACAAAACAGAAAGACAAAAGCAGAUUUUGCUUCUUAGCAACCUGGAAACAAUGAUUAGGGAAAUAGUAUGCUCUGUUCUAUGUAACCGAGGACUUAAUGACAGUGUAUAGCUCUCACCAUCCCUAUUUGAUUCCUCACAAGUAUAAAGAAACACUUAGGUACCUUCCUUUCUGAGAGUCCAUUGGAGGCCAGCUGGCAUGCUGAUUAACCACACAGCCUGGGUACAUCCCUGGUGUCCCAGCUGAUAAGAGCUGAGACAAUUGUCCACAGCACCUUCUGCCCUGCUAUUGAUUGACAGUCCCAUUCACACACAUGUCUGCCCAACACAUAGAACUCAACACAAGUCUCUUCUGUGUGUGAAGCAGCCUGUGCUGGUGAGCUCCUUGCACAUUUGCACAGUUCUACAGACUGGAAGGUAUGUCCCUUGGGAUUCUGGGUGGACAGAACUAUAAGUCAUGUUUUGGCUCCAAACACACUUGGUCCUUGUUGGGCCUUUUACAUUUGCCUAAUGAAAGACGUUAUUAGGAGGGGUGAUGGUGGCUCUGUCUCCUAAUACCCUGCUGGUUUCCUAAGAGGCAACAUGGCCCCUCCCUCAGUGCUCUACUGAAAGUGGCGCCCAACUUUCCUAAUGCUGGGAGUGCCUCAUGUGGUGACCCCCAACCAUAAAAUAAUCUCAUUGCUAUUUCAUAACUGUAAUUUUGCCACUGUUAUGAAUCAUUAUAUAAAUAUCUGACAUGCAGGAAAGGGUCCCCAACCCACAGGUCAAGACCAAUGCUCUAGAAGCUUUUUGCUAUUUUCCUUGGACAAACAAAUAUGCACUUCAUAACAAAUGAGGGUGCCCCUCUCUCAAACAGUUGUGUGUCCACAAAUACCCAUUACUGUUCUAAGUGCCAAACAGCCCUGUACUGGUCCUUUGACCAAGGGCCAUGCUCACAGCAACCCCUAAGAAUGAUUGCCAUAGUUACAGUGAAUCUUUGCCUGCUUGUCUGAGCCACUCUGCUGGCCCAGCCCCUAUCCUUAGAGGACCUGGAUCCUGACCCUCCCUCCAUCCCUCUAAUGGUGGCAGCUGGGUGCAGCAGCACUAAUUCUCAAGCUAAUGUAGCCUCAUGGGGCUACAGACUCCACCUUUGUCGGGCUCUGUCUGUAGUUCUUGGCUGUGGCUCCGUACAGAUCCCCUGAGACUCCUAGGAACUUCAUGUCUGACCCUCGGAUCAGGUGAGUUAGAAUAGCUGGAACGGAGCAGAGAUGGAGUUUGCACAUGCUCACAGUUCUCCAGAACUGAUGUACAGCCAUGUAGAGGGCUAGGACACUAUUCCUUGCCCCUUGUCCUCUCCACAAGAGCUACUGAAACAGGCCCUCUUCAUCUCCAGGUGGAAGUUGAGGGCCCAGAACCUCAUUUCUGAUGAAUGUGUUCCUAUGACAGCUGGUACUUGGGCUGGCUCCCUGUUGUGUUAACAUAAUUGAUGAUAUCCACCCCCUGCCCCCGUCUCCAGGUGUCUGCUUUGCCCAGCCUUCACCGGAAGGAGUUCUGCCCCUCACCACUGGGUGAUGUUUCUUCAGGGCUGAUCUCAGGAACUGUGUAGGAGAGGCCACAGUUAAGGCAUGAGAGUUUGGUUUGUCUCUGGGUAUUGUCAGGGUGCUAUUUAGGAAUCUAGGAACUCUUGGCAGAGCAAUCUCUGUGCUGAUCUCCAGACACCUUUUAGUUUCCCUGUAAGUAGAGGCACUUUGUAGCCUCAGGUUGCUGAGGACCAGCCAGCCAAGUCUAUUCUUUUUUUUUUUCUUUUUGUUUGUUUGUUUUUGGGGGUUUUUUUUGUUUGUUUGUUUGGUUGGUUGGUUUUUUGUUUGUUUGGUUGGUUGGUUUUGAGAUGAGGUUUCUCUGUAUUGUUUUGGUGCCUGUCCUGGAACUCACUCUGUAGACCAGGCUGGCCUCCAUCCAACUCACAGAGACCUGCCUGCCUCUGCCUCCCGAGUGCUGGGAUUACAAGCGUACGGCACCAACGCCUGGCUAUCUGUUCUUGUCUGUAUCCUAGGGUUUUUUUUUUUUUCCUGACUGUUACAGCUCUUGCCAGGGAUGUAGAAGAGGAAUGACUUGGCCUCUCAAUAGAAGAAGUUACUGCUGGUGAUGGGGGCAGGACAGAGGGCACACAGAGCUGACACAGAGGGCUGACAGAGCUCCGGUUUUCUAUCACUGCUACAUGUGGAGGUGCAGGGUCUGGGAAGAGCUCCAGGGCAUAAAAAUGAAUAUGGAGAAUUGACCAGCUAAGAACGGAAGCAUGGGGGCAGAGGUCUUACCUUUGCUUGGUAUUUGUUGUUGUUUAUUUUGGCUUUGGUUUUUUGGUUCUGUUGUUGUUUUUAUUUGUUUUGCUUUGUUUUGGGUUUUGUGAAACAGGAUCUCAUGUAGCCCAGACUGGCCUUGAACUCAUGCCUCUGCCUCCUGGGUGCUGAGAUUAGAUACCUCGCUUUGGUGCUUUGUUCUUGUUUUAUUUGCUUUGUAAACUAUCAUUCAGAGGCUAUUAGAGGCCUCCAUAACCACAUUUCUUUCCAGCUACCCUCAGCUAAGCACAAAGAGAGCUGCAAAAUGCAAGGCCCUGAGAAGUUAAGACAUGUAGAGAAAUGUGUGGUUCUCUGCACUGAGUGGUAUCUGAACUGAUGGUGGAUGGCAGUGCCCAGGCCACUGCCCACAGGGACAGUAUUCCAAGGAAUGUCCGUCUUCCUAGCCCCUCCUCCCUUCAGCAUCCAUGCCUGCCCUUAGUUCUCAUUCUUCCAUCCAGUUGUUCCUCAGCUUUUGUAGACCAUGGCUAGAAAACAGAAAUCCAUGUCCUGCUAAGCACAGCGCCACCGCCUGUGGCUUCAGCUACUCUGGAGCUGGAGACAGGAGAAUCUGUUGAUCCUGGGAAUUUGGGACCAGUCCGGGCAGAACAGACCCUGAGAGGGUGAGGGGCUGUCCCAAAGCAAUCAGCCAUCUAGCAAUAAUGAAUAUCGGCCAUACCUCUUCCUGUCUCCCACGAGCACCAGCUGCAUGCCAGUCUCUGACCUCUCUCCCCCUACAACCUGUCAGCUGGCCAGUAGAAAUGGAGAGCUGAGACCCUUAGGAACAAACCCACUCACCAAAUUCAGCCGUUCCUAAGUAUUCCAGUUUGAGAUGCCUACCACUGUCACAAAGGAAAACGAGAACCCCAGCCAAUUGAAGAGCAGUGUCUGCAGCAUCUGCUGAAGCCCCUGGACACCUGGGUUCUCUGACUGAGGUUGGAAUUCUGACUGGAACACCUUGAGUAGCUCACUGACUCUAACUACAUUAGUUGAAUGCACUCGAUACAUGUGUGGCCUCCUUUCCCUCAAGAGCACACUAGAUAGCACCAAGCACUGCCCAGAGGGGACAUACCGUCAGAGGUGGGCGGGGCUCCGAAGUGUAAGGUGUGCCACUGUGUACUAUUUCUAAUAAAUAUAUUUUGUUUCUA